CCCCAAUCCGUUUAUCUGUUUAACUUCAGUUUCCUGUCACCACUCAACAUUUCAACAAAACUCCAAAUCACAAAUUCCAAAGAUAGAAAACGUUUUUCACAUUUUUUAUGAUGGAAAACAACGACACCGGAGCUCCGUCAGAUGCCUUGCUCUUUGACCAGAUUGUGGCGACGGAGCAACCACACAACUCCAUACACUCCGACCCCUGCUACCCUCUCAUCAACACCUUCGACGACCUUCUCAACGUCGAUACCUUCGAAAUGUUAAACUCUCCACUGCCUCCUCCACCGCCGCCAACCGCUCCUCUAGAGUCCGUUCACUCCGAAACCUCGGAGAAACCCAACGAGCAGACCUCGAAGCCUGCACCGGUAGGGUCCACAGACGGACUCGACCGUGGAAAGUCCGUGGUGUUGGCUGAUAUCUGCAUGGCAAGCGGCGGAGCUGACGGCGGUGCUAAGGAUUCCGGAGAGAACAACCCGAAGCGACGUCGGGAGAACGUUUCCCUGGACGCGUCACUGACAGCUUUGAUUCAGGCCGGGCCAGCGAUUUCUCUGGCAAGGAGGCCCAUGGGGCCGGAGGAGCUUGCUGAACUUGCUAGGGUUGAUCCCAAGAAGGCUAAGAGGAUUGUUGCCAAUAGGGAAUCUGCUGCUAAAUCAAAGGAGAAGAAAAAACGUUAUUUGAUAGAGUUGCAAAAGAAUGUGGACUUGCUUGAAAUUCAAAUAAGUAACAUGAUUAAUAAUAUUUGCAUGUUUGAGAUAGGGACUACAGGAAGGGCUGUUCAUGUAAAGGAACUCAGAAGAAAAUUAGACGUCAUGCGAGAACAAGACCGAAUUAAAGAUGUUCUGAGUGUUGUGUUGAAUGGAGAAAUUCAGGGCCUGAAGGAUGAAAAUGAAAACCUAAAUCUUUUGAUGAGUUAUCGUUCUCCAGGGAACCUUUUCUCUCCACUCCCUUCCAAGUUACCUCUGCAUAAGUUUCAUAAUCCUCCAUCUCACCAACCACAACUCUCCAUGCGUAAUCCUCUUCCACCGUCUGGCCCGAGUAAUUUCCCAGGGAAUUAUGGGCCUAACUUCUCCAACUUCAAUCACAAAAACUAG